CGUCAACCAUAUCAGCAGCUCGUCGUCAAUGGAUGCAUGAAAAGAGAACCGUAAUGAAAUUCCCUUUUUUUUCACGUUCCGAUCACGAAAGGUCCGCUUCAGUUGUUCCCUGCGAUUCGUCUUAUUAUUUUUUUUCUCUCGUUCACUUAUCAGUGGCAUAUAAUGCCCAAUGACAGCACCAAUGGCCAGAGUAGUAAUCCUUCAUUGAAACGACAGAAAUCGUUGUCCAUGUCUCGAUCACGUAAAAAAACGGCUCCAUCGACAUUAUUGCCAGAGGAACCGGUGGAAUCGACAGAUCAAGCUGCGCCGUCCGCGCAUUUCGAUACGUAUCUCUGUCCCAUCUGUGGCCAAGACCUGACUCUUGUCAGAUCGAGUCUUUUGCGGCAAAGGCACGUCGAGCAGUGCUUGGAUCAACCUCAUGAACCAGUCCAAACGUCUGAAUCGGUUCCAGGAGAACUCGAAUUCGAGUACUGUGUGUUCUGUGGCAAAGACAUUGCUCGACUCAGCGACACCAUUCGCACCUCCCAUGUCAAUCAGUGCCUUGACGAAUUGGCUCGAGAAGAAGAAGAAAACCGAAAACGGGAAAAAACGGAACUGCGAGAAAAGCAGUUGACGUCUUUUGCCGGUCAAGAUAUUCCCUUUCUAAAGGAACUGGAGAUCUGUCCCUGUUGUCACGAAAUUGAACCUUUUGUCCGUCAACCGACCCUGAAGCAAAAAGUGACUCAUAUCAAGCAAUGUGCACGCAGCCGCAACAUUAGUAUGCCUCAGCUCAUUCGCAAAUUUCAGUGGAUUCAAUGGGGACAUCAACCGUUGUCUGGCUCUUCCACUACCGCUUCUAUUGCGCAUGCUCCCGCCCCCGUUCCGCCAACUAUACCCAUCAAGAUGGCCGCCACCAGCCUUGUCGACGAUGAUAUGGAAGAUGAUUUUAGUACAUCGGUCGUCAUUCAUCGCACCGCACAAACCGUCAUCAAACCCAGCCGAAAGCAGGAUCUUUUGGACGACGAGCUUCAAUUGGCGCUGGGCAUGUCACGCUCCAUGCAUGAAAAAGCAUUUCCAUCUAGUACCAAAAAGAAGGAUCGAUUCCGAAACGCCAAUCGCAACAUUGCCGAUAUUCUUUCCAUUGAUGAUUCGCGCCAGCUGGUGAUGCAAGAACUGCAGACAUUAAUUUUACCCUCGGCCAUAGCCGCUCGAGACUUGACGGAUCCCAAUCCACCUCCAUUGCCGUCGCAACUCCCUUCCAAAAUGGCCUCCACUUGCACGGGAACGCAUCCAUCACUGUGGCGAUUAGCCGCUGGUCGCUAUCGCGAUGCCAUGGAGGCCAAUGAUACCGUUUUUACAUGCCAUUUCAUGAAGCACUUGUCCCGUCAAGUCCCUUAGAUCAUUACUCCAUAUUCGCAUUUUAAUAAUAUUUUCACUGUCGCAUAUACACAAUGG